AUGCUGAUAUCACCCAAAUCUUGCACUGCAUUAACAAAAGACGCAUUAGACAGCAGCACUUAUCUCCAGGCAGGCAUCUAUGCAAAGUUAUUUAACGUUGUGGUAAAAAAUUAUUUAAAUAAGUUAAUGUUUACGAAAUUAAGUGAAAAGAUUACGACAAAAGCACAACUAAUUGAAAUGGUGUUUUUGGCUGACACUAUUCAUCAACAUUCUCUCUUUUGUUAA